AUGCCGGAUGCAAAUGCUCGCAUACAUAUUAAAUAUGGCGAUGAAACUUCUGAACAAUUCGUGGGCAACGCGACGGCGCCGGAUCACUUCCGUAUAUUAGAUAAAGAUGACUUCUCUAUUAUCGUGGGCGGCAGAAAUACAGUCUACAACCUCAGCCUCUACGAUUUGUCAGAAAAUUUAGAACAGCGUUUGGAGUGGCAAUCAACAGAUGCACACAGAGAACUGUGUCAAUUAAAGGGGAAGUCGGCAGAUGAAUGCCAGAAUUACCCGCGAGUUGCGGCUCGUGCGCAUGGCAGGCUCUUAGUUUGCGGCACCAACGCAUUCAAACCAUUAUGCCGCCGAUAUGCAAGACAUCCCGCAAACCACCAUCUUGAAGAAUUCGACGGUUCAGGUCGCUGUCCUUACGAUCCACAACAUAAUUCCACUGCGAUAUUUGUUGAUGGUCAAUUGUAUACAGCGACAGCAGCAGAUUUUUCUGGAACUGAUCCUCUAAUAUACCGCGAGCCAGUACGAACGGAACGCUCAGAUCUUCGUUUGCUCAACGAUCCGUCAUUCGUAGGGGCUGUGGCUUCUACUAGCCAUGUUUACUUUUUCUAUCGGGAAACAGCUGUUGAAUUCAUGAACUGCGGCAAGGCUGUGUAUUCGAGAGUAGCAAGAAUAUGUUUAAAUGACAAAGGUGGCCCCCAUUCGUUUAGCGAUAGAUGGACAUCUUUUUUAAAAGCUCGUCUCAAUUGUUCCAUGCCUGGCGAAUAUCCAUUUUAUUUCGAUGAAAUUCAGGCAACGACUGAAGUAAUAAAUGGAAUGUACGGAAAAAGUGCCAGUAAAAACGAUAUUAUGUACGCUGUUUUUACAACUCCUCAAAAUGCUAUCGGCGGAUCAGCAGUUUGUGCAUUUUCUAUGAGAGACAUAAUUGAUGCUUUCGAAGGAACAUUUAAAGGCCAAGAAAGUAUGAAUUCUAAUUGGCUACCCUUAGAGAAAGAAAAAAUACCUGAAAAUAGACCAGGUUCUUGUGUUGAAGACAGUCGAACUCUCUCCGAUUCAGCGGUAAACUUCAUAAAAACACAUCCGUUGAUGAAUAAAGCCGUCCCAUCAUUCCUAGCUAGGCCAGUUCUCAUUAGAGUCAGUUUACAAUAUAGGUUUUCAGCUAUUGCGGUGCAUCCUCAAGUACAAGCGAUGAAUGGAAACAAAUAUGAUGUUAUGUAUAUUGGUACCGAUGAUGGAAGAGUUAUCAAAGCUGUCAACGUUGCUGCUAAUGAAGGUGACUUUGACACAAGUACAGAUGAAUACAGCAAAAACCCAGUUAGGACAGCCGUGAUUUCAGAAGUACAAGUACUACCUCAAGGUGUUCCUAUCAAACAAAUGCAUGUUGCGUUAACCACUGAAAAACUAAUUGUUGCGUCUGGCGAUAUCAUAAAAGCCGUAACGCUCUCUCACUGUGCAAACGUACAGUCGUGCAGGGAAUGUGUUGCGUUGCAAGAUCCUCAUUGCGGAUGGGAUUCUAAGCAACAAGUAUGUUCUUGGGUCGGAAACAGACAAUUUCCUAACCCAAGGUUUCUACAGAACGUAGAAUAUGGAAAGACUGAAGUAUGUAAUAAGAUGCCAGUUCUCUUGCCCGGUGAUCGACAUAGCAAUAGGAACCCAGGGACCAAAAAGCCUACACAAUCUGAGUCCGAGACGCGACAGAAAACAGAUGAUAUUCAGAAUGAGAUAUUAAUAGAAGUCGUUGAAACAAACGUUUUAUCAGACGAGAAAGGAACUACAAACAAUAAACAUGAAACAGAUUUACUAACGGUGGAAGCCGCUGACGGCAACAUAUACAGUGCACAAGCUUUACUCACUGCUGUAGUAGCCUCCUGCCUAGUUACACUCAUGGUCGGAUUUGUCAUCGGAUACCUUUUCUCAAGAAGAUUUCGACACCCAUUUUUUACCGAUACCUCGCCUUUCAAUGAGCAACACAAUCAUUUAAACAGAUUGAGCCCGUUGGAAACGCCCUUAAAUGCCAAUACCGCAUACAUACCUCGUUCGAAAAACGUGAAUAUGGUGGCAAAUGUAUGUCCUAAACAGGACAACUUGCACCUAGAGCUCGGUAAAGAGCGUACAUUGGACUUACGAAACUCGACCGAAUCUUUGGACAAAGAUCUCAAGUGCGGCACGUUGCAGAAGGUUAAAAAGACUUAUAUUUGA